AUGAAGAUCUCGUUGACUUUGUUUGUUGCCGUCUGCGGCGUGUCCUGUGUUAGCGCCGUGACCCGUGAAGAGUGCAAGGCCGACUAUUUGCCUGCCACGUUGUCUUGCAUUGACUCCUUUGCCGGGCAAGGAUCUCCGGAUUGUGAUCUCCUCCCAAUUCCUGAUCAUUCCAUGCCCCAAAAUCAAGUCAACGAUCGGGGUUAUUGGAUCCAAGAGUUGCGAAAUACUCCUACAUCCCACGUGUUCGCUGUCAGCCAAAACACUUACAAUUCUCUCAUCAUCGUCGAUGUCCCACCAGGUGAGGAUGUAAACAAAAGGAAUCUGAAGGCCAGCAAAGGCAACUUGAAAGGAGCAAUCCCUAGAAAGCUUCAGGAUUCAUCUGAUGAGAUUGGGUUGAUGAUGGAAGGACCAGCAGAAACGUCGGAAGAUGGAGCUUCUGGCCGAGUGUUGCCCAACGAUAUCACCGUUGCUUUCGUUGAUUUCCCUCCUGCCUUUGAAACUGCUGGUGGCAAUCACCUUCUCAGUGCUCUUGAUGAUAUCCUCGAUAUGAUUGGUGCUACCAUGAAUGAUGUGGCUCAAGUGGAAAUGUUGUAUUCCCACGGCCACACUGAUCACAUUGGAUUAGCCAAUGCUACCUUCGUCGCACUUACUGAAACGCUUGGCUUUGAUCCCGAAAGCAUCCCCAUUAUCGCACCUGAAGGUGUAUUGGAACACUUUGACCACGCCAUUGAAACAGGUUUCUUCACAAACAGAGCUCCAUUGCCAACAGUUACAUUCACUGACUAUAAAGAGCACACCGUGGGUCGCUCCACAACUCUCAACUUGACUACAUUUGAUGGUCAUGAAUAUGGAGACAAGAAUGUUAUUGUGUUUAUGGAAGCUGAGGGGCCAGAACAGCCAGCAAUCAUGAUGGUGGUGGACAUUGUCUUUCCCAAGUGGGCUCCCUUCUUUUCUUUUGCCCUUUCCACCAACUUGCUCAAGUAUAUUUCUGCCCAUGAUACCUUUCUCGAGUUUCCACUAGGUGAAGAUGGAUUCCUUGUAUGUGGCCAUUUGAAUCAAGUUGGAGACCGCAAUGACAUUUUGCUGAACAAGGAGUUGACUCUUGCUAUUGUGAACGCAGCAGGCCUUGCUCUCAAGACUGUCAAUCCAGGGCCUGUCAUGGCCAACAGUGGCUUUGCCACCCCUGGACACCGCAACUUUGGCAAUUCAUGGGCCCGCAUCGAUACCUACUUUGCCGAGAUUGAACGCGUAUGUGCCAGGGCCGUCAUGGAGGAGUACGGUUGUGACUUUGGUGGGCUAGAUGUCACUCUAUAUUCCGCUUGCCGUGCGGCUCAGUCUUUCUUGCGUAUCGAGAUCUAG